AUGGGUUUUAUCAUUACAGAAAGGAGAGAAACUGAAUAAUGUUAACGUGGUAUCCACAUUCGGGAAAUUCAGGGAGUGGAAAAGUCCUGGAAAUUCCUAAGUGAUAGUAGUGUGAGGGAUAGUGUCAUGCUCUGGUAUGCAGUCUUUCCAGGUGGUGUUUUAAUGCAUAGUCAUACACACUCUAAAUGGUGUAUGCAGGGACCUGUUUGAACUAGUACAGCUAUGGAUGGUGGAGACUGGAUUGUCUUAAAUUCUUUCUGAGAAUUGCAAAAUAGGUAAAUUAUUUUUAAAAAUUCACCGGGGAAAUAUGAAAUUUAUGUCGUGGGAAGUCAUGGCAAAGUUGCAGAAAUUUUCUACAGUUUUGUGCGGACACCCUAAUUAAAUAUAUUUUGUGUGUCUCGCCUGCAGGAGGUUUGAGCGGGAGAGUGCGGUGGCAGGCUGUAGCUAGUGUUACCAGGACGCCGGGUUAUGCGUGGCCGAGCCUGAAGCGUCGGAGCCACCGGCGAUGAUAAUUGCCUCAAAUUGGGCCGCCCACUCCGGCCGUUUCGGACCGGUUCUCUCCGGAUGCCGAGCCGAGCGACUUCGUGCCCACACGAGCCACCCUCGGUGGUAAUGCCAGGGUCAUGUGUCGGUGCGCGUUAGUCCCCGCUGCCAGAAGAACGACUGCUUACAGAACCAGUGUGUUUCAGAUGUGCGAGAUGAAAGACUGGGACUCACCUUAACUUGUUACGAAUAACUUGAAAGGUUCCUCUAUUUAUUUACACCAUGUUCGCUGGUAAUGUCUUCCCCACAGUUGUGUUUGUUGUUUUGGUGGCGGGGGCGAGCGGGGAGUGUGAGUACGGCCAGACGAGACAGGGCUGCCGCAUUCAGAACGGAGCGUGCCUGUGUGGGGUUGGCUGCUACUCCGAGUACCGCUACAGUUCCUUGGAGGAGUGCCGCAAGUCCCUGAGAGGUCGCCGCAUGGACGUGUGCCACAUGAGCCCGUGCGAGAACGGAGGGGCGUGCAGCCAGACCUCCUUCGGGCCGGGCUACCGGUGUCGCUGCGAGGGCACCGGCUACUACGGCAGCCGCUGUGAGAACGCUUGUCCAACUUCAAGAUUUAGUGAGAAUACAAACUUUCCGUAUGAGUGUAUCGUUAUCUGAUGCAAACAAAAAAAACUUAAUUCUUAUGGAUAGGGAACUAAUCAAUAUUCUUGCCAAAAUUUUAUUUAUGGUCAAAUUCAGUAAAAAAUUAUUGUUUGGUUUUAAAGUAGGAAUUUGCAAAAAGAAACGAAAAACCAAGCAAGUUGGCUUAUUAGAGAUUGAAUUUAUAUAUUGAAGAAUACCGGCCUCUAACCAUGAUUGACUGUGUUUUUGAACAACUUAUUUUCAAUAUAUUAAGAAGUUAUCAUUAUAGUCAGUUAUGUUUGCGAUAAAGGAAGUGGUACCAGAGUCAGAUAAACAAUGCUGGCUAUAAGCAUUAAUUAUAUUACUUUUUUUUUCCUGUGUACUCUCCAGACAGACCAUUCCCACGGAAUGAUCCCACCUCAACUUACCAGACAAGCUUAGCUGGAUGAUCAGGAUUUGUUUAUCAUAUUUAAUAAAAAAAAUUGAUUUAGGCUUCAAUGUGUUUAUUUCAAUACUACAUAAGUAAUGUAUUUGUUAUUUGAACUGCUGUAGGAUUUGGAAUUCAUAUAGCAGAAGAUUAAUAAAGGAAUUAUUUUAGUCUAUAGCAUUACAGUUUAAGUAUAAUUUUUUUUCUAGUGAAUAGUUUUCAUAUAAUUUUUAUAUAACAUACUUGAUGCAUUUGAUCUGCAAUAUAACCGACUGUGAUUUUUU